UCCCUGUGACGUGGCAGAUCCUAACCCCGGGGCUUCCUCCUCCGCCACCAUCCUGUUCCCUCCGCUCCCAUCUGCCGCCUCUGUCAAGAUCGGAGACCUCCGACUUCUGGGCCGCUGCCGCCGUUGCUGCGGAACCCCAAGACAAGGCAGGGUGUGGUCGCGUUGCGGGCAGUGAGAAGCGGCGCAUGGCCGUGCCCUGCAUCUGGUUCCUCUCCGCUCCCCUCAAUCCCCUUCAUCGCCUCCAACAUACAAUCUCGCCGCCAUGGGAUCGCCGCCGAGCCAAGCAUCACCAUGAUGGCGGAAGGAAGAGCAAGAGGGGGUCAUCGAGGCUGGGUGCCGCCGUGAGGAUGCUGGAGCCCAUGCACGGUGAUGGUAUUGUGGCGAAAGAAGGUCAUCUUCCUGGGGAGCCACGCGAUGGCCGCCGUCUCCACCCACGGCCGUGCCAACAAGACAGGAUAAAGGCAAGUGUUCUAUUUGUGCAUUGUGACGGCAAUUUUCUUGGAUAACAGAUGAAGCGAUAUUGGAGGAGUACACGGGUGGGAUGACAGAUGAUAAACUUGAUACGGGUGUGUUGUUGACUGUCAUCCAACCGACGUGCCUAGACAGGCUACAUAUUGGCAUGAUGGACUUCUAUGGUAAAAGGACAUUAUGCAGCAUGUAAAUGUGACUUCUUCAUCUCUAUUGUCCUUGAUGACAUGUUUAUCUUGCCUGAUAGAGAGAACGACAGUGAUUAUUUUGUUCUUCCCUCGCUUGUAUUGCAGGGUUUUCUUCGGAACAUAAUUCAGUGUCCGCUGAUGUACUGAAAAAAACAUAUUUGUUCUUCUUGCUUGUCACCAAGCAGGUAUUCUUACGUGGCUCCAAUCAAAUCACCGA